GGAAUAAACCAGUUCGAUUACUAGCUAGCUACCGGUAGCUAAAUUUUGCCACCGGUAAGCGAGACGAAAGACUGCUUUCGGUUUGAGUCCGUUCUCUACCUGGGUUCCCAGAUCGGAUUCGAUUUGAUUCGAGUGAACAAAUCCUUGCUGUAUCGCUCCGCCUCUCAUCUCACAACCUUCAGAACCCGUCCUUUAGAAAGACAAGUUUCCUCUCUCCCUUUCUUUGGCAACCAUACCGGUACCAUGCAGCUCCCAGCAAACCAACAGCAAUCUCCCUUGAGGAGCUCUCGUGUCGGCACCCGUGGUCUCCGCAGCAAGUUGGGGACCAGUGGCAAUUCGGGCCACCAAAAGUCGCGCGCUCGAGUCAACAAUUUGGAUCAAUUGUUGAAGAAUGAGAGCACUCGCGGCGGCAGCACGGCGCAAGAGCCUUCCACGAAUUUGUUGCACAGCAGUAUUUCGCAAUUGCACAACAGCAGUAUUUCUCAAAUGAACAGCAGCAGUCGAUCCUUGAUGCACAGCAGCAGUCGGUCUUUGAUGCAGAGCAGUCAUCACACACGCGGCCGCGGAGGAAUUCCAACGGUGCCGUCGCUGGGUCGUCCUUCCAAGCAGGGUUCGUUGCUCGGAGAUGAAGAUGAUUCGGGACACUCGUCGGUGGAGUUUGAUCCUCGUGGCGGUCCUAUGAAUUUGUACGGUCGACGGGAACCCGGCAUGGACGAUUCACAAUCGACCUUUUGCUACGACCAUGAAGACGAUUAUGUUUCGGCAGCGCAGCCACCACAACCACCCAGCGAGCACCACGCAGCUGCUCCUCCUGCAGCAGCAGCGACUGCCACUACAGAGCACAAGACGUUGGAAGAAUUAACCUCGCAAGCGCAGGACAAGCACCAACAACAGGACGACGAAAACUACGAAAUGGAAAUUGCACCCGGUUUUUACGUUCCCUUUCGUGGUGCCAACGAAGUGUGGAGAGCUGUCGACAACAACAGCACUUUGGAAUGCAUUUGUUUGGAGUGCGGAGUGGAACUGGUCUCCGUGGCAGACUGUGAACACGUCGUUUGCCCCGAGGAAAACUGUCGCAUGGUCAAUCCUGUCUUUGAACAUCCUCCCGGUGUCACUCAGGUUUACGGUGCCGGGCUUGGUUUCAAAAAGGAUUGGUUGCUCCAGGAAAAGAGACGACGACGCUCGGCUCUUUGCCGCUAAAUUCUCUGGGGAAAUACAGAUGCCUGGCCUUUUUUUCAUAUUUUUCAAUCAUUCCCUCUCGCUGUGGACCUCAUCAGAAAUGAAAUCAUUGCAUCUUGUUGCAUACACUGUAAAUUCACAAUAAUACUAACAAAAAGAAAAAGCAAGCAAAGCUCAAACAGACACUAUGUUUUGCUGCGCUACAUUGGAAAACCAGCCCACUCACUGGCUAAGAGAGAGGAAGAGCUAGCUAGAAACUCGAAAACGAAGAUCAACGGGCCGCCCUCGGCUUGGAGCCGUCUAGAUUAUUUUUGGCCGUCAUUGCCAUAUCCGGCUAGAAGAGCGGCCGAGAUUGAACACGUUGCUUGGUAAACGUCCACUACUACAAGUAAACAACUCCAUUGGAACCGGUAUAAUAGAGCUACCGGUACCGGUACUGUACUUCAUGUAUCAUCCAGGUCCAGUCCAGGUCCAGAAUCAAACCAUGCUAAAGCGCGCGAUGUCUGUUGCCAACCAAGUUCCCAUCAUAGACCCAAGCGUUCACCCCAGCCGCAACCAUUGGGCUUCAAUCGGAACACACUUGGUUGUCUUCACCAGUUCAGCCCCCAAUACUCCAAUGGAACGGUUAUGCAUGUACAAAACCAUAAUACAGUACUAGUACUACCAGUAGGUACGCAUUAAUGCAAACGUUGACUUCGGCUAGCUAACAACGGUAUAACCGGCUUGCCACAACAUACUAGCUAGUACUACAUGUAGCUUUCAUCUGGCUAGUACAGUUCACAAAUCCUUCCGAAUGUUGGUUGCCGAUUACUUAGCAAACCAACGUGUACCGUACUAGUAACACAAAGGCAGCUCAGAUACCAAGUACAUGUAGACUAACAACAAUGGUCCCAUUGUUGAUCCAAUCUUGUCAACCCGGUUCCACACGUAAGUCACAUAGUAUUUUGUUGUCCACCCUACCCUUCCUUUUCUCUCCCUGGCCUCGUCUGCUACAUGUACGUCAAAAGUUGACUGACUGGUACUAGCUAGUACAGCUGUAAACUAUGGC